GUUUAACCAUACACAGUUACGACAGUAGCCGAAAUUCUUCGUACAAUACUUUACGACGCAUGCGUCAACUGUACUAUCUAAAACAUGGCGAUGCCACAAUAAUAAGUCCAGAAUAAUGAGUAAAGGUGGAUUUUCUUGUGUGAUGUGUAAAAACAUAUCUGGACGAAAUGCAGGAGUAAAGUUUUUUCGUUUUCCAAAAAAUCCAGAAAUGUCUGAAUUAUGGAUUAAAGCUUGCAAUCGUACAAUUAAUAGAACAACUGAAGAACUUUAUAAGAAUUAUCGAAUUUGUAGUGCUCAUUUCGAUGAUAACAUGUAUCUUAAUGAUAUAAAAACUAGACUUCUUCCUAGAGCUAUACCAAAUGUAACACAGACCACGUCAAAUUCUACAGCAAUUCCAAAUUGUGACAUUAUUUCAAGAGAGAAUAUAGAAUUUACGCAGAAGCUUCAUCAAGAAUCAGAAAUAAAAACAAAUAAAUCAUUACUUGAACAAAUGAAUGUAGGUGGAAGCAAGAAUUCAAGUAAGUUUUAAUUAAAUAUAGUAUAAACAAUAAU